AUGACGACCCCACCACGCAAGUCAGAAGCGAAAGCGCAAGAUGUGCUCAAAGCCUUGACGCGACACCAAGCGCACCAUGAAAUAUCCAUCAUCAAACUCAGCGAACCCAUCACAAACUACGCAGCACACGAGCCAAGACAAAGAAACUCAGAUGCAUCCUCGCUAGAAGGGCCGACGCCGGCAGGCCUAGAAGCCGAUUUGGCGCAUUACAGCGAGCUCUUUUCUAAGCUGCGAUUUUCCUACGUCGAACAAGUCACCAAGGAGAAGUUUAUACGCGCCAUUGUUGGAGAUCCGCCUCUCAUCGUCAGCAUGCGGGAGAAUCUCGCGCUGGAGAAGCAGAACUUGGAGGCUAAAGCUGAGCUGAAGAAUCUCAAGCAGGAGGUUGCGAGCAUGGUGGAGGACUUGGAGCGCAAAGCCCGCGAACUUUGCCAGAUAUACAAAAAUGUUCAGCUGGAAACUGCUCGGUUGGAGGAGCUUCCCAUGAAGGUGCAUGGCCUUCAAGCGCAAGUGGCCGAGCUGAAAUCGUCUAGGGCUACAGCAGACUCGAAUCCCAACAUGAACCUGCCACUCACCAAGACGAAACAGCUCGUGUCCCGUCGCCAAGCAGAGCAGCAAGAAGUUACGCGCGAGCUGGAGGCCCUUCAGUCAAAGCUCCCUCGUAAGAGAAAGGAGGCAGAGCGCCUGGAGGCAGAACUGGGCCCUCUGGAAACGAAGCGGCAGAAUAGCAGGGCCGCGGCGCGUGAGGCAAAGCGGAGGAAAGAAGCCGCACUGGGCGGCGUCGGUGACGAUCUCGAGCAACGAGCGAGAUGGUGGCGGGCCAGUGAGAGCAUACUCUCACAGCUCCUCGACACCAAAAGUUGA